AUGUUCUGGAACUAUCUUCUUCUAUACGAAAAAGUAGACUUGAGCAAACUCCAACCCAUGAUUCUCAAGAGAAAUGAGAAACGUUCCCAACUUUACCCUGUUCGUGCCAUGGUUCCUGUUGCCAAUGAGGUCUUACUUGCUAGGAAUGUUCUCACCCAUGGUGUUCCCACUCUUUUCAAUUCAUUUAUUCUCAUGGCUUGCAAAGCAACAGUUGAAGGACAAGAAAUGUGGAACUUGGUCGGAGUGGUUGUUGGUCCACAAAACCGGGAGCCAACUGAGGAGAAAACCGGGGGCCAACUGAUGAGGAGGCAAAAACAGUUGCAGAGCAGCAGUUGA